AUGCGCCGUUUCGUUGUUUUGCCGACGCCGACGCCGCCGCCGGGACGCCCUCGACGCUCUCUGAUCUCGGCACACCGCGAUCGCGACGAAACCUUAAACGAUUCUCGCCGGUCGCGGGGAUUUUCGAAAAAGCGCUGCAGCUCAGCGGUUUUGGAUAUCAGGGCAGUAGUGCAGGUGAAUAUCCGGUGGAUCUUGUGGCGGUUAAGUUCUCUUUUUCGAGUUUUAUGUGAUUGCGUAGCCAAAAAAGUUACGUAGUUUCCGAAUGGGAUCACGAAGGGGUUGAAUAUCGAGGAGGCAAUGUCGGGGACAUGUGGAUAAAUCACUUGGUGCCGCAAGGGGAGGGGUCACUUUGAAGACGACGUCGACGAGUGUUUGUGACGGUAAAUCUUGGAGGGAAACUUGACAGAGAAUGGGGAGGUUUUGGACGGUGUUUCGGUGCCUUUUGGGACUGCUGCUUACCGUUACGGACGCGAUACAUUCAGGUGAGUCCUUUAGUGAU